UGUUCAAACCCAAACUCGUCAUCUCUCUCGCCUCUUCUUUUUCUUCUCUCCCGUCGCCCUCCGCCCCCUCUGCCCCACCCCAAUUUCUCUUAAUUCUUCUUCCAAAUUCCUUAUUCUUCCUCGUCCCCGCACACAAUUACUCAUUUCCUGCAAAUUCUAUGUUUCCUGACCCCCUAAAAAAUUGAUAAAUUGGAUGGGUUGUUGUACCAGCAAGAACGUUGAUUCCGAAGCCGGCCGCGUCGCGCGGUGGCGCUCCACCGGAAUUGUGGCGUUACGCGACUCCAAAUUGAAGGCUUUUCCGGAUGAAGUUCUUGAUUUAGAAAGUUCGGUUCGGACGUUGGAUUUAACGCGGAAUAAAUUAGUUGAAGUUCCCGUGGAGAUAAGUAAAUUAAUAAACUUGCAGCGAUUGAUUUUAGCUGAGAAUAUUAUCGAGCGUCUUCCAAUGAACUUGGGAAAGCUUCAGUCAUUAAAGGUCAUGAUUCUUGAUGGGAAUCGAGUGUCUGCAUUGCCUGAUGAAUUGGGUCAACUUGUGAAGCUGGAGAGGCUAUCAAUCUCAGGAAAUUCAUUAAUUGGGUUACCUGAAACAAUUGGGAGCUUGCGCAAUUUGGUUCUAUUAAAUGUAUCAAACAACAAGAUAAAGCAUCUUCCGGAGUCAAUUGGUUGUUGCUUCUCUCUGGAGGAAAUUCAAGCUAACGAAAAUUCUAUCGAAGAACUUCCAUCUUCAGUUUGCAAUCUUGUUCAUUUGAAGUCUCUUUGCUUGGAUAAUAACAGCGUGAAGCAGAUACCUCCAAACUUGCUGAAAGAAUGCAAAAGUCUGCAGAACAUAUCCCUCCACGGAAACCCGAUUUCUAUGGAAUAUUUCCAGCAGAUGGAUGGUUUUCAAGAAUUCGAAGGCCGGAGGAAAAGGAAGUUCGACAAGCAGAUUGAUUCGAAUGUGAUGAUCGGUUCCAAAGGCCUCGACGAGGGUGUUGAUCUCUGAAACUUCCCUUCUAAUGUCUGUAAGAUACAUGUCGAACUUGAUUCCAUCACGUCCUCGGAGAUGUGAAAUCCAUCAUCGAGUUGAGCUGAAUCUUGGGUUAGUUCUUUGCUACUGCAGAUUUUGUUUGAUUGGCAUUUCUGUGACAUAUCUAUAUAUGCAUAUAGUCAUAUAUUUGUAUAGCAAUGUGCACACACACAAAUAUAUAUAUACAUACAUAACUCAUCCAAUAAUGUGCCCUAAACUUUGGGAAUCAAGAAAGGUGUCUUUAAUGGUACAGAAACUCAUUUUGUGAUAUUGUACUUUAAAUAUUAUGUGAAUCUGAAUCA